UUUUCCAAAUUGAAUUUUUCUUUUGCUUCCUGAAGUAGAACCUUUUUGAGGCUUGCAUCUUCACAGAAUAUCCUGAGCACAGUUCUCAUACGCAGGAUACAGAAACUGGAGUGUUUUAUCCGUAGGCUGUGCACUGAGUUAGCUCACCUUGGAGCAAGGGACUUACUGGGCAUGUUGAUGUGAUGGGUUGGUUGUGUCAUGCGUGAUCUGUUCUGGGGACUGGUGCUUGUGAAUCUCUUGUCCCCGAACAGUUAAGGUGCUUGGUUUCCAACUUUCUCCUCGCCUCCAGUGUAUCUCUUCCCCUGGUCUAGUGGCAUCUUCCUCUAAUGCUUACUGCUGAUUUCCUUAAGAUUAUUCAUGAAUAAGUAACACUUAGAGCUGCUUUUCUCUAGGCAUUGUCCUGGUUCUUAUUCUGCCUUUAUCUCAGAAAUCCCAUCUUCCAAAAUGUGCUUUGCUGCUGGUAGAUAAACCUUCUGCCUGGCUGUUUCUCCUCUGAGUUUCAUGGUUUCUGUCUGGAUUUGGGAAGUCCAGUCUGUUGUUGGGGAGGUGGAGGCAGGUAUUUAUCUUCAGGUGCCAUUGCCCAGGUUUCUGGUAGGCCCUCGCCUGGAUUCAGGACAAAGUCUGGCUUCUUCCCUCUUACUGGUACUAGAUGUAAGCAUUGGUUUGCCUUUUUCUGUGUCUUCAUGAGCGCUUCCCCUGUCUAGAGGGUCCUCUGCAGCUGGGCUCCAGCAGUUAGCUUUCAGUGUCACAGUUAUUGUUGGCCCUGCCUGUCAUUUAAUGAAGUCAUACCCUCAGACCUAUUUUUAAUCUCUGAAAGUCUUUGAGCUUUGAAAACAGUUGUCUUUGGGCUUCUGAUUGGGGAAAUGAAAAAUCACCAGGAAGUAAAACUAAUCUCCCUUUUCACUACCCUGAAAGCAGUGUGGGUGGACUUGUUCAUCUGAAUGGAAUGAUUUGGAAAGAUAGGUUUUAAUUUUCCUUAUUUGUGUAGGUUUGAGAUAUAUAAUCCCAGCAGCUGCUUGGUUUCCACAGUAGAGUAUCCAGCCUGCCAUUUAGAAACCUGCUCCAGAUUGAUGGUAAACAGACUGUACUAGAGACAUGCAGUAACCAUGUGUAACCAGGUGGUGGCUGUUGUGUAAUACAAAGUAGAUAGCAUUUCUGACUAGGCGGUGUGGUUAUACAAUUUUGGUGAUCCUGUGUGGGUUAUAAAAGCUGAAAUUCCUUCAGCAUCUGAAGCAUCGCAUGCUGAGCAUCAGAGCGAUCCUAGCCUCGAACAGACCCCAGUGCAGAAUUGGUGGGUGGGGCACUGAAUACAAAAUAUUUUUGAGGGAUAAGGUGCUAAGAGAUGGCACUUAUGGGGCUCAUCUCUGCCUGAGAAUUGGGUGCUCCACGCACUGGAAGAGCCAGCUCUGAUCCUGGACUGCUUGCUUGAACAAGCCUUAACUUCCAGCCACUUCAGUCCAAAGGCCAAGCUUCUCAUUUUCUCUUGAUGAUGGGUAUUGGUAAGAACACUACGUCUAAAUCCAUGGAGGCCGGAAGUUCAGCUGAAGGCAAAUAUGAAGAUGAAGCAAAGCACCCCACUUUCUUUACUCUUCCGGUGGUGAUCAAUGGAGGUGCCACGUCCAGUGGAGAACAGGACAAUGAAGACACUGAACUCAUGGCAAUAUACACGACAGAAAAUGGCAUUGCAGAAAAGAGCUCUCUCGCUGAGACCUUGGAUAGCACUGGUAGUUUAGAUCCCCAGAGAUCGGACAUGAUUUAUACCAUAGAAGAUGUUCCUCCCUGGUACCUGUGCAUAUUUCUAGGGUUGCAGCACUACCUGACCUGCUUCAGCGGCACAAUCGCGGUGCCCUUUCUGCUGGCCGACGCCAUGUGUGUGGGGUACGACCAGUGGGCCACCAGCCAGCUCAUUGGGACCAUUUUCUUCUGUGUGGGAAUCACAACUUUGUUGCAGACAACUUUUGGAUGCAGGUUACCCCUGUUUCAGGCCAGUGCUUUUGCAUUUCUGGCCCCUGCUCGAGCCAUCCUGUCUUUAGAUAAAUGGAAAUGUAACACCACAGAUGUUUCGGUUGCAAAUGGAACAACAGAGCUGUUACACACGGAACACAUCUGGUAUCCCCGGAUACGUGAGAUCCAGGGAGCCAUCAUCAUGUCUUCACUGAUAGAAGUAGUCAUUGGCCUCCUAGGCCUGCCUGGGGCUCUGCUGAAAUACAUUGGACCCCUGACCAUCACGCCUACGGUGGCUCUCAUUGGCCUCUCUGGUUUCCAGGCUGCGGGGGAGAGAGCAGGGAAGCACUGGGGCAUUGCCAUGCUGACAAUUUUCCUAGUAUUACUGUUUUCUCAAUAUGCCAGAAAUGUUAAAUUUCCUCUCCCAAUUUACAAAUCUAAGAAAGGAUGGACUGCAUACAAGUUACAGCUUUUCAAAAUGUUCCCUAUCAUUCUGGCCAUCCUCGUGUCCUGGCUGCUCUGCUUCAUCUUCACAGUAACAGAUGUCUUCCCUCCUGACAGCACGAAGUAUGGCUUCUAUGCUCGAACUGAUGCCAGGCAGGGGGUACUUCUGGUAGCCCCGUGGUUUAAGGUCCCAUACCCAUUUCAGUGGGGACUGCCCACCGUCUCUGCGGCUGGUGUCAUCGGCAUGCUCAGUGCGGUUGUUGCCAGUAUUAUCGAGUCUAUCGGGGACUACUACGCCUGUGCAAGGCUGUCCUGUGCCCCACCGCCCCCCAUCCAUGCAAUAAACAGGGGGAUUUUCGUGGAGGGUCUCUCCUGUGUUCUCGAUGGCAUAUUUGGUACUGGGAAUGGCUCUACUUCAUCCAGUCCCAACAUUGGAGUUUUGGGAAUUACUAAGGUUGGCAGUCGUCGGGUGAUCCAGUACGGCGCAGCCCUCAUGCUCGCGCUGGGCAUGAUCGGAAAGUUCAGUGCCCUCUUCGCAUCCCUCCCAGACCCGGUGCUUGGUGCCCUCUUCUGUACUCUCUUUGGAAUGAUCACAGCUGUUGGACUCUCUAACCUGCAGUUCAUUGAUUUAAAUUCCUCCCGGAACCUCUUCGUGCUUGGAUUUUCCAUCUUCUUUGGGCUUGUCCUUCCAAGUUACCUCAGACAGAACCCUCUCGUCACAGGGAUAACAGGAGUCGAUCAGGUGUUGAACGUUCUUCUCACAACUGCUAUGUUUGUAGGAGGCUGUGUGGCUUUUAUUUUGGAUAACACCAUCCCAGGUACUCCAGAAGAAAGAGGAAUCAGGAAAUGGAAGAAGGGCGUAGGCAAAGGGAGCAAGUCUCUCGAUGGCAUGGAAUCCUAUGACUUGCCAUUUGGCAUGAAUGUUAUUAAAAAAUAUAAAUGCUUCAGCUACUUACCCAUCAGCCCAACCUUUGCCGGCUACACAUGGAAAGGCCUCGGGAAGAGCGCCAGUGGCAGGAGUUCAGAUGAAGACUCACAGGCUACAGUAUAGCCGGAGCUUGCCCUGUGGCCCGGCCGCAAUGAGGCAUGAAUCUAGUUCCUUGUUGAGUAACAAGCAGUAACAUAUAUGUUUGUAUAUCUGCAUUUACAUUCUCCGCCCCAGAGCUAAGGCUGAUUACAAAUAGCUUUUUUUGUCGUGGGUUGUGAUCAUGUCUAAUAUGGUGUCUCAUCUCUCUUCUUAUUUAAGCCCUUGACCCUUUGCCGUGGAGAACAUCCAUUGCUGGCAGUGGCCACUAAAUUUGAAAUUCCUGUCCUUCUGGGGGAGUGGAUGAUUGAAAUCCAUGGUGAUUCCUUGUUUUCACUCCCAUUCUAACACCAUGUGCUAGCUUUCUUAAAAGCCACCUCCAGGGUCCAGCACUUUCUGUCUCUGGAAGCACCAGGAACUGUACCUACAGAGACCUCUGGUCAAGGGGCACCACUAUUCUUGCAUUGUCACAACUCACUGGUUCCCUGAUACUCCUGUAGGAAGUGGCAAUUGGCCAAUUGAAAACAGUGAUGUGCUUGCCCUAUGCCCAAAUCUGUGUAUAGGUAAAAUCUGCACAUAUAUUUUAUUAGAAUGGAAAUUGGGGGCUUGGACAGGAAGGGAGAGGACCUUGAAAUCAGUAUCUGAUUCUCAACUGCACUUUCUUGGUGCCACCCUGGCCCAAGCUGGGCCAACACGUCUCAUACUGGCCUCUUUUUUACUAGUAGCUGAGACACUCUAUCUGACAUUUAUCACUCCUGGCAGGUGUGAUGGGUAUAGAAUGCCACACAAGGCACCAAGCAUAUGUUUAUGGGAGUCUUGGCUCUGCUGUCAUGUGGAUGUCAGUUAUUGUUGUGCGUGUCUAUAAUUAUAAGACUUUAUUCCUAUUUAAUGUUAAUGACUCUAGCAGAUUUUUGGAAUCAGUGUUUUCCCAUGUGACCCUCUUACCUUACAUCCCUAUUACCUGUCCCUCACUUUCUAUCCCCAAUUAAGGAAAGAACCAGCAUUUGUCAAGCUGUGGACACCAUCAGGGAAGCUUGUUGUCAUGGCUCUUGAAGGCCAGUAACCAUUAUUGUGGUUGUGUUUUGUAUUGCUUGAUACCAUGAAAGUGUAGAUACUGUAAUGCAUAACCUAUUUAUCAAAACUGACUACUGGACCAGAGCCCAGAAACCAUGGGUUAAGUUAAACGUGAAUUUGUUUUGUGAAGAAGGGAAGCCAGGGCAGGUGACAAACUGAGCCGCCAUAUUGAAUGGUCUGGCAUCAUGAUAAAUUAAUCGCUGCAGUUCUCUUGCUGUUCCUAUCUGACAGUUAAGGAGACUUUCUGUGGGUUGCCAUAUUGAAUGUGUACUGGAUCUUGAUUUCGCAGAGGGGAGGAUUAGAUCCACUGGCCAAAUGCUGCCUUUCUUAAGUUAUUGAAGGUAUUGAGAAAAGCAACUGGCAGGCCCCUUCUAUUAAGUUCUAAUUAAUAAUAGUUCUUUGUGACAAAAAUGACUUACUGAAUUUGGUUUGAAAUUUUCCAACCAGAGGGAAAGCCUGAGUGACCUUGCUUCACGAGGUUGUGCUUCUUAAGUGUUUGUUUACCUGGUUGAGCUUUGGAUGGCAGUGGGCAUUCUUGUAUCCAACAACAUGGUUCUCGGCAGCCUUGUGUCCACACGGUAAAUUUUCUGUCUCCAAAACUGGCUCUGCUUCAGCACAAUGGGAUGUUUCUGGCAACGUUAUCAUGUCACUGCAGCCUCCUGGACUCCUGGAAAGUUUGGGGCUUUAAGGCCUAUUCUGGCAAGAACAUUUCAUAGCCACUGCAUUGUUUCGCCAAGACCUAUUGCAGAUUAAGUAAAGAACUUAGAUUCUAAAUUUAAAUUUGUAUGGCAUGUUUUCUUGAAGUGUAUUUGGUACAUAGUUAUUCCAGAAGCACACUGGCUAAUGAUUUUCUUGUUAGCCUUCGAGGCUGACAGACUAGUUGUCACCUUGGUUGCUCUUAGUUUCUUCUAUUUGUAUUUCACUCAGCAUUUCCAAUUUCUCUCCUCUAAACAAUGGGGAAAACUGUUAAACAUCCCAGAGAUUUGCAGGAUUCUAGCUCUCUAGCAGAAGGACCAAACAUCCAAAUGAAAGCUUCUGAACCACUGGUAAUUCAGGAGCAAGUUCCCUUCAGCUUAACGUGACCCAGACAUCCCUCCUCCCAAUGGAUAACACUAAGGCUAUGUGCUUCAAACGUCUAGAAACCCACUCCCUUCUGAAAAUCCUCCUGGGUUGGGAUUUAUUGGGAGGUUUCAAAUCUGCUUGUCUGGCAGGAUGUUUUCUGUAAGCCUUCAGAUAUGCAAAGAAGCCCUGUGCCCCCACCUCCUUUGAGAAAGAGGGUUUUCACCAUUCUCAUUCCACAGGGGCCAACUUUAGAUUCUCUGUCCAUGGUGGGGGAAGGGACAAGAAGAUAUGCUACCAAAGGAGUCUGUAAUUGAAAGAAAAAUAUAUUCACCUGCUUCUUAUGUUUAAGCACACACCUGAAGGGAAGGUUUGGGGAGACACAGUGACCCUGCGUAGCCUGUGCCUGUAUUUCUUCCACUUGCAUUGCUGGAGCCACAUACCCACCAUGCUUUGGCAAGUAGAAUGUUUUAAAAUGCUUUGAGUGUAAUGCCUUGUGCAGGGCAUUCAGUCUUCAAUUUUCUACAGUGAACACCUGCCCACCACCUUCACAUUGACAUUGGUGAUCCUGAUGUGGAAGGUAGAAACUGUUUUUUGGGUGUUUUUUUUUGUUUUUUGUUUUUUGUUUUCACUUUUUAGGCCGCACCUGUGGCAUAUAGAUGUUCCCAGGCUAGGGGUCGAAUCAGAGCUACGGCUGCUAACUGCAGCCACAGCAACUCGGGAUCUGAGCCACUUCUGUAACCUACACCACAGCUCAAAACAACAACCAGAUCCCCAACCCAAUGACGAGGGCGGGGAUCAAACUCGCAUCCUCAUGGAUACUAGUCGGAUUUGUUUCUGCUCCGCCACAACAGGAACUCCAGUAGAAACUAUUUAUAAGGACAAUAGGAGUUCCUGUUGUAGUUCAGUGGUAGUGAACCUGACUGGUAUCCAUGAAGAUGCGGGUUUGAUCCCUGGCCUUGCUCGGUAGGUUGAGGAUUCGGCAUUGCCAUGAGCUGCCAGUGUAGGUCACAGACGCAGCUCGGAUCUGGCUUCGCUGUGGUGUAGGCUGGCAGCUGCAGCCCCGAUUCGACCCCUAGCCUGGGAACUUCCAUAUGCCACAGGUGUGGCCCUUUAAAAAAAAAAAAAAGAAAAAGGACAGUAGAUGCUGCUGUAUCACUGCUGGGGCAGGGGAGAACCCACCACUGUUCUGGAAAAAAAUAUUUAAUGUAGUUCACAGAAUAAUGGGAAAUGGCCCCAAUCUUUAUAGGCACUUUUCAUUCUCAUUCUCUCGGGAAUUAAACAGAUUCAUUGAUACAGAAUCUUUCUUAAGAGGGUUUCACAUUUUAGGUUGUAGUAAGUUUCUUAUGAUUGAUCAAGGCAAGGGAAGUGGCUUAACCAUGGGUCCUGAUGGUUUCCCGUUUUCAUGGUAACAAAUUCAUACACAGGAUUUGCUUCAUACUGUAGAAUACUGACUUUCAUGAUGACAACCUGGUUUAUGCAUGAAUAUUACAGUAUUUCCAUAUAGUAAAAUAACAUUUCUACCCAGGAUAAUAGUCACUGUUUUCCAGGGAGGGAAUGAUAAUUUUCAUGACAAUGUCAUGUGAUGAUAGAAUUUCUCCAUUGAUGAAUCUCUAGUAUGUGUGUAUACUUUAUUUACCCACACAUAUGUUUUAUGACCAUGAGCUAAGUUGUUAUUUCUUUAAUUCAUGUCCCUGCUGAAAUAUUGGUACUAGCAAUUUAGACAUGAAGUUCCAUAAUGUUGAUGCCACAAGAGUGGCCAGGCCAGAUAGGAGAUGAAUAAGGAGCUGCAGCAGAAGCCUCAUUCCAGAACCUGUCUGGCUCUAGGAAAGGCAGCAUUCUGCACACUCACCCUGCAGCCUGGCGUGCACUCAGCUGCAGGCAGCAGGCCAGGCGUGGCUAGUCCUGGCCCUGGAGUGCACACCCAGCUGUGCCCCCAGGCCCUGUGGCAGCCUGAGCCCACAUAGGGUUUCCUUCUUUAGGGUGCCGCCCCUUGGUUUUAGGGAAUCUCCUGGGGCCUCAUGUGCUUAAGUUUCCAACACAGAAUAGGACUGCCCCCAGCCUGCACGCCUCUACAGUUGCGAGUGGAGUGGUGCUAGAAGACUGCCCGUCUUUGCCAGCGUUCAGCUUCUGCCCAUGGACCCGUGAAGCAUUGAGGAUCCCUUUUCAGCAGCCUCACACACAUUCCUGUCCCUUGAGGUUGUUCUCAACUGUGCCUCAUCGUCACUCCACACAAGUAACAGCCAACCUCCUUAGAAUUGCUCUCUGUGUUUCCCAGCACUAGAACACGCUUCCCAGUAAGUGGGGCGUCUUACUGACAGUCAAGUUACCUUUUUUGUUCGUUCGUAACAACCUCUGUUUAACAUGUUAAUAGAUUUCUGACUGUUCUUAAAACAGUGGGGGAUACCUAUAUUUUCCUUAAGGUUUUGUGACCUACGGGCUAUAUACCUUUCUGGGAUUUUGUUUGUUAUUUUUAUUUUGCAUACCGAGGGUAUUGGGGUGGGGUUGUUUUUUGAGAUGUGUAAUUCUUUUAUGGAGUUUUUAAAAAGACUUUUCAUAUUGUUUUUCUAACAUGGCUUCAUUAAACGUUUAAGUAUUUUAAAAAUAUGUAAUAUUUGGACCAGAUGUUGUGAAUAAUAGUAGAGAUAAAGCUAUUUUAUUCUGUAUUUUUAAAACUGUUCCGUACAAAUAAAAGCUCUUCUGGAUGCA